AGGUCCUUGAUGCCUCAACGCUUAGUUUCGGUACUCGAGUGAAAUGGUUUGCCAUAUGUUUUGCAACUGGUAUUUUCUGUUCUAUUCUUUGGUGCGGAGCAUCUGACUCCUGUUGACUUCACCUAGCAUUAUUGCUCAGCCUUUCUGAAAUUAAGCCAAAGAUGACUCAAGUUGAGCACCCAAAAUCAGUGGUCAUUUUUGAAAAAUCAGCUGCAUGUGUUGCAGAGACCUCCAAACUGUGUACCAAACAGCCACAUUUAGAACCGUAAUUUUUGGGACAGCAUUUCUGUGGCUUCCCUCGGGGCUGAAACUUUUUGCAGUGUUCUACACCAUAGGAAAUAUUGCUGCAUUAGCCAGUACGUGUUUCUUGAUGGGGCCUGUGAAGCAGCUGAAAAAAAUGUUUGAGCCAACAAGAUUAAUUGCUACAAUUGUUAUGCUGUUGUGUUUGAUAUUCACUCUCUGUGCUGUAUUCUGGUGGGGUAAGAAAGGUUUGGCCCUGCUAUUCUGCAUAUUCCAGUUCUUAGCAAUGACCUGGUAUAGUCUCUCAUAUAUUCCUUUUGCAAGGGAUGCUGUGAUUAAAUGCUUCACGUCCUGCCUGAGUUAGACUAAACAAAACAAACUAUUCAACAUCUUUUAAAAGCCAACUUUAUAUUUUUGUGAAGUUUGCUCAGAAAAAUUAUGAACUUCCACUCCUGAAACAACACCUGGUGACAGUUUUAGUAUUUUCCUUGCCUUUUGCACGCUGGGGAUUAAAUCAUUUUAGCAGAACCAAGUUUAAAUAUGAGCCAGGUAAACAGUGUUUUAUCCCUGUCUGAACCAUUUGGAAACUAGAAUAGGUUUAACACUUUAUGCAAUGUAAUCUUAAAACUGUUUGACUCAGUUUCUGUUAACACAGUUUAAUGACAAUUCAGGAUUUUGGGUAAUAUAUGAGACAAAACUCUAUAUGAAACUUUUAUAUAUUUCUUAUGUGCUAUUACUAUUUGUUCACUCUAUGCGUUUCCCAAAGAUGAGGAUUUUGUCAUUAUUAUAGAGAAAUUUUUUUAGUUAAUUAUAGCUGAUAGAGCUGCUUUGAAAUGUUUGUACAUGUGCAGUAUGGAGAAAGUUUGGUGUGAACAUGAGAGGUCUGGUAAAAGCUUGCUCAGUUUUAUGCUUACAUUUUAAGGACCAAUUUUUUCACUUUGAAGCUUAAAAUAUAUUUGAUUAAAAUGGCUUAUGGAUAAUAUAUAAAUCAAUGAUUACAAAAUAAAUGAAUUAUUGUAAGUGUUUAGACUAUGUAAUUUUUAGACUUGAGCCACAUAGGCAGGAAAAUUAAAACACGCUUGCAA